CCUGUUUCGCGACAGAGAACCCACGUCCAUGCUCUGACUCGACGUAGUGUGCCCUCUGCGUUCACAGAGAGAUUCUUCAGCAGUGAGUGUUCAGCUGAGCUGGAGAACGGUGUUUGGUGAAGGCAGUCUGCCUCUCGGGAAAAGCGCGGCUCAAACUUUUCACGCUGCGAUCUUGACUUCCACAAAGCUUUCUCUUUAUGAAACGUAUUUUAUUGAAGCGGGAUACAUUUUAAUGAACAACUCUGGUAAAUAUAUUUACUGUCAUGGAGCGACGUGGGUUUUCCUUACUUUGCUGGGGCACGAUACCUUUCCUGUUUAUAUCCGUUCUGGAACCGAGCGGAGUCGAUGGGAUGUUCCAGCCGUCCUUCAGUCUCAACAAGUUGUGUAAGUUCUGUGACGUGGAGUCUUCAUCCUGCAACGGAACAGGAAGCUGCCUCUCAAACUGCUCCAUCACCUCCAUAUGUCGUCUGGAGCAGGAAGUCUGCGUCGCCAUCUGGAGGAAGAAUGACAGUAACUACAGCAUCGAGACUCUGUGUCAUGACCCCUCCAAGCCUCUGUACGGCGUCGAGCUGGAUGACUACAACAGCUCUACGUGUACCAUGAAAGAGAAGAAGAGCUCUGGCGGACCGUUGUUCAUCUGCUCCUGUACUGAGGAGGAGUGUAACGAUAACCUGGCCUUCGCUCCCGUGGUCGGCCCGACAAUCGAGCCCCCGGUGGUAUCGAUCGUCCUGAUCAGCCUGUUGCCCUUACUGGUCCUAGUUAGAAUUAGACUAACUAACCCAGUUAACUAUGGUCGGCCCGACAAUCGAGGCCCCGGUGGUAUCGAUCGUCCUGACCAGCCAGUUACCCUUACUGUGGUUGGCCUCACCAUCGAGCCCCCGGUGGUAUCGAUCGUCCUGAUCAGCCUGUUGCCCUUACUGGUCCUAUGGUCGGCCCGACAAUCGAGCCCCGGUGGUAUCGAUCGUCCUGAUCAGCCUGUUACCCUUACUGGUCCUAUGGUCGGCCCGACAAUCGAGCCCCCGGUGGUAUCGAUCGUCCUGAUCAGCCUGUUGCCCUUACUGGUCCUAUGGUCGGCCCGACAAUCGAGCCCCCGGUGUGGUCGGCCCGACCAUCGAGCCCCGGUGGUAUCGAUCGUCCUGAUCAGCCUGUUGCCCUUACUGGUCCUAGUGGUAGUAGUCAUCACUAUGUUCUAUUGGUACCGGGUCCAACGCCAUCGCAAACUCAGCCAGGAACAAUGGGACAGCAAGAAGUCCAAACGCAAGGUCUGGACUAGCAUCAUGAUGGACGACGAUGGAUCAGACAGCAGCUCAACGCACGCCAACAACCUCAACCACAACACUGAACCCCUACCCAUCGAGCUGGACCUGCAGGUGGGUAAGGGGCGCUUCGCUGAGGUGUUCAAGGCCAAGCUGAGGCAGCCCGGCUCCUCGUCUGACCAGUAUGAGACGGUGGCCGUGAAGAUCUCUGAGGAAGAGUACGCAUCGUGGAAGAACGAGAAGGACAUCUUCUCUGACAUCGACCUUCGCCACGACAACGUCCUCCACUUCCUCACAGCAGAGGAGAGAAAGAUGUCGAAGCAGUACUGGCUGAUCACAGCCUUCCACCCCCGAGGAAACCUUCAGGAGUACCUGACCCGUAACCUGGUCUCCUGGGAGGAUCUACGGGGUCUGGGCGGGUCCCUGGCCUGCGGGGUGGCACACCUUCACAGUGACCACACGGCCUGCGGGCGACCCAAAGUGCCCAUCGUACACCGCGACCUGAAGAGCUCUAACAUCCUGGUGAAGCAGGAUCUGACCUGUUGUCUGUGUGACUUUGGACUGGGGCUCAGACUGGAUAACACCAUGACAGUGGAUGAUCUCGCAAACAGCGGACAGGUGGGCACAGCCAGGUACAUGGCUCCUGAAGUGUUGGAGUCCAGGCUGAACCUGGAGAACAUUGAGUCGUUCAAGCAGACAGAUGUUUAUUCUAUGGCUCUGGUGUUGUGGGAGAUCACCUCCCGCUGUCAUGCCAUCGGAGAGGUGAAGGACUAUGAACCUCCAUAUGGCUGUAAAGUUCAGAUGCAUCCUGGUGUGGAGAGCAUGAAGGAUCACCUCCUCAGAGACAGAGGAAGACCUGAGAUCCCAGACAGCUGGAUCAACCACCAGGGCAUAGCCAUAGUGUGCGGCUCCAUAGAGGAGUGUUGGGACCACGACCCGGAGGCCAGGCUCACAGCCCAGUGCGUGGCCGAACGCUUCAGCGAGAUAGAAGACGAGAUGGAGAAACUGUCCAGCCGCAGCAGCUCCGACGAGAAGAUACCAGCGGAGGAACAGAAGAUACCGACAAGACCCGAAGAAGAACGACAGACGAUAGCAGAACGGAUAGAAGAGAUCAAAGUAGCGGUGGAGAGCUCUGUGAGCGAUGAGAAGUGAGGGAAGGGAGAGAGGACAUGGAACCCAGGACUAGAAUGUCAGUAUGUCACAAACACACCACUCACGUUGUUAUGGGAACUAAACAGCCAUACCCAAACAAACAGCCCACACCUGGAAGAUAGCCAGGACAGUGAAUGUACUGUAUUACUGUACUGUACUGCUUAUACUCUUCAGUAUUGUAUUACCAGAAUGCAUACAGUAUUUAUACUGUAUAAAAUAAGUAUGUACAGUUUACAGUAUUUGGAUGUACUGUACUGUAUUAUAUUGGAGGUUUACCCACUGAAGAGGACAGGACAUGACAAUGGAAGAGAUUAUAACCAAAGACUGAGAUUACAGGACAUGACAAUGGAAGAGUUUAUAACCAAAGACUGAGAUUACAGGACAUGACAUUGGAAGAGUUUAUAACCAAAGACUGAGAUUACAGGACAUGACAAUGGAAGAGAUUAUAACC